CCUGGACAUUCACUGCAUCCAACAAAACGCUUUCCAUUUUCGUGGAAGAAACAGUUUUUGUGCGUGCCAUUAAUAAUCAAAUAAAUGUCCUGUGCUGGAGCGGAGAGACAAUCACACACAUUGAAGCACAAACCUUGAAACGAACCAAAUCGUAAAAUGGAAGAGAAGCGCCGGGAAGCCGGGUGUCAACCGGCGGCUGCAAGCUCUGCCAGUGUCGGGGUUGAGUCACCAGUAUCAGAGCCAGCUUCGUCCCGGCGUCGAGCAGGAGGGCAGAAAAGGAAAGCCGCGGCGCUCUCAACAGGCAACUCGUCUUCAACGUCAUCGAAACGAAUUAGUCGCGACAAGAACUCAGUUUCUCACACCCCGAUCUACAACCACAACGGGCCGUUGACGAGAGCUCGCCAGGGUCCUAGCAGUCUCAGUGCAUCGGCUGGAGGAACGCUCGAAGCGGCACGUGAUGACACGAAGCUGGAGGUGGUUGAUGAACUGAACAAAUAUGGUGAACAGUGGGAGGCUUUGGAGGCGAAAAUCGAGACUGAUUUUGAGGCGAUCAGAUCUCGCGGUUGUAAUGUUCAUGUGGUGCCUACACAUUGUGGUUGGUUUUCGUGGUCAAGAAUUCAUCCUCUUGAGGAGCAUGCAUUGCCUUCUUUUUUCAAUGGGAAGUCCCAGAACCGAACUCCUGAUAUGUAUAUGGAGAUACGGAAUUGGAUUAUGAAGAAGUUCCAUGCAAAUCCAAGCACUCAAAUUGAAUUAAAAGACUUGUCAGAACUUGAAGUUGGAUGUGUGGAUGAUAGGCAGGAGAUAAUGGAGUUCUUGGACUACUGGGGCUUAGUCAAUUUCCAUCCAUUCCCUCCCGAAUCCACUGCCACAAGUGCUGAAGGUGAUAAAGUGGCAAAUGCUGAUGGUGAGAUGGCAGCAAAUACUGACGAUGAUGGAGCAGCAAAAAAGGAGUCUUUGCUUGAAGAAUUGUAUCACUUUGAUGAAAUUCAAUUAUGUCCUCGUGUUGCUCCAAAGCCUAAGCUAAUAUCUCCUGCUGACCCAUCGCGGUUGUUUCCAGAGUCUGCAAUUGCUGAAGAUUUAGCGAAGCCUGAGGGCCCAUCUGUUGAGUACCAUUGCAACUCUUGUUCGGCUGAUUGCUCUCGUAAGCGCUAUCAUUGCCAAAAGCAGGCAGAUUUUGAUCUAUGCACUGAUUGCUUCAAUGAUGGGAAGUUUGGCUCUGGGAUGUCGUCAUCGGAUUUUAUUCUCAUGGUGCCUGCUGAAGCUGCUGGUUUGAGUGGUGGGAAGUGGACAGAUCAGGAGACCCUUCUCCUCCUCGAAGCAUUGGAACUUUAUAAAGAGAACUGGAAUGAGAUUGCAGAACAUGUUGCCACUAAAACAAAAGCUGAAUGUAUAUUGCACUUUGUUCAAAUGCCGAUUGAGGAUGUGUUUUUUUAUCAUGAUGUUGGUGCUGAUGCCAUAUCUAAGGAAACUGCAGAUGUUGCCGCAAUGAAUAAUGAUACAUCUACCCCUAAAGAUGCUCCUGAAACAUCAGAAAGUAAAACAGGUGCAAAUGACGGUCAGACCCAAACUUCACCAAUUGAAACUUCAAAAUCAGAGGAUGCAACUUCUAUGAAAACAUGUCAGGAAACUUCAAAACCUGAAGAUGCAAAUAAAGUUGAAUCUGCUAAGAAAAUGUUAAAAUCAGAAGACACCAAUGAAGUGAAAGUUCAGAAGACUGGUGAAAACAUUGCAUUGAAGGCCCUUAGGGAAGCAUUUGAAGCUGUUGGUUAUCAUCCACCUGAAAGCCCACAUUCCUUUGCUGAAGUUGGAAACCCUGUCAUGGCAUUGGCAGCAUUCUUGUCACUGUUGGUGAGGCCUGAUGUUGCUACUGCUUCUACUCGUGGUUCUUUGAAAUCAAUAUCUAGCAAUUCUCCAGCCAUGCAGUUGGCUGCAAGGCACAGCUUUGUUUUGGAAGAUCCCCCGGGUGACAAGAAGGAGCCAAUUCAGUCCGAGAGUGUUGUUACUGAAAUUGCCAAUCAAGAUACUCAAAAAGAUGAUAACCCAGUAGACAGAAAGCAAAAAGAGAAAGACACUACAACUAUGCUGGACAAAAAAAUAUUGUCAAAUGAUCAUGACAGCAAGAUAACUGAAGAUUCUGUUCCAGAAGAAAAGAGAACAUCAGCCUCUUCAAAUGAUAAAUCCACCAAGGAAUUAAAUGUUGUAAAAGAACCAAGCACCAAAGGUAUUCCUGAAAAAGUUGAACCUGGUGAUUUAAAUAAAUCAAGCAAUCAAGAAUUACCCAAGGAAAAUCAACCAAACAUUGUGGAGGAAAGAAAUCAUUUAUCAUCUAAGAAUGCUCCAAGCUCUGUGAAAGAGGCUGGAGAGGGAAAUUCAGUCGGAGAGCCUUCUGUGUCGGUACAGAUAGCCAAGGAUGUUGAAUUGUCUUUUGAUUCUCUUCCAUUGGAAAGGAGUGAGGCUGGUCUUCUAUCAAAUUCAAAUGUAGAAUCUCAACCUUCCAAGGCAAGAAAGGAUGUUGAUAUGGUUUCUAAUUCUCUUCCUUCGGAGAGUAUUGAACCUGAGCAACCGGUUGCAUCAAGUUCCAAAGCUGAGCCCUCUCAAAUUGCGGAAACACCAAAGGAUGUGGAUAUGAUGUCUAAUUCACUGCCCUUGGAAUCAAAUGAGCCUCAACAGACACAUUCAAUUAUUGAAAAUGGAACGACUGCAGUUGAGGAUCAAACUAAAGAUGGUCAAGAAGAGAAGCAUGACCAUGGAGAGACAAAAGGUGAAUGUAAUAUUGAUAAACUAAAGCAUGCAGCAGUUACUGCACUCUCUGCUGCAGCAGUUAAGGCAAAACUUCUUGCUAAUCAGGAAGAGGAUCAUAUUCGACAGCUUGCUACAUCAUUGAUAGAAAAGCAGUUACAAAAGUUAGAAGCCAAGUUAGCUUUCUUUAAUGAAAUGGAUAACAUGACUUUGAGGGUUAGAGAGCAAUUGGAGAGGUCAAGACAGAGGCUUUAUCAUGAACGAGCUCAAAUAAUUGCAGCUCGACUUGGCUCUUCUAGACCAAUGCCACCAUCAAUACCUGCCAACAGAAUCCCACCGAACUUUGCUAACUCAGUUGUAAGACCUCCUAUGAGCAUGACUUCCCUACGGCCACCAAUGUCAAGACCCUUGGGGACUGCAGGUCCUACCCUUUCUAGCUCAUUUGCCUCAACAACAGUGGCAGGAAGUUCAAUUCGGCCUUCGAAUCAGGACAAACUUUCUUCUGUUGGAAUGAAAUAGUCUCUUGUCAUAUUGUGAAUACAGUUUUAUCCAGCAAUCCCCCUUCUUCCAAUUCUUGGAAAGUCUUCAAGCUCACACAGUACAACUCAGGUGAUGAAGUAACUUUUUUCUAGUGAUAUGAAUAGCCAAAGAUUGGACAUGGAAAUUCACUUGCCAUCUCACUUUUGGCAUCAUAUUGGGAGGGAGGAGCUGAUUUUUUGGCAUCUUUCGUUUGUUGGAGUGAUACACGCAUUAAACUCAGAAACUUGCAUAUUAGGUUUAUGUUGCUGUCUGCAUCUUUGUAAGGCCAAGUCUAACAUAUGAUAUAUUUACCUAGUGUAAGUUUGACCAAAAAGUUUGUAGCCUUACCCUAAUCAAUUAUUGUGAUAUAUGGCUCUUAAGUGUGUAAAUUAUGUAGGUGUUAGAUUUAACUUCGUUGCUGUGAUGUUAGAUAAUGCUCAUUCUGCUGUUGCUCAAGGUUUCCACGAGAUUUUGGUUUUUCUACUUCAUGGUGGAACAUCGAUAAAGUUGUUGCUAGUGCUUUUAA